AUGGGGACUACGCUGAGGCUCAGGAUGGGGCGGCUGGCGACCCUAGCUUCCAUCGCCCUCCAGGUCUGGGAGCAGAGGAAGCCACCGGUGCUCGUCGCCGCCAGCCCCUUAAUAAGACGGUUGGCGCCGGGAGACCGAAGCGACGACAUGACAACGACUAUAUACCGCAAAAUCCUCCCCCGCAAAGGCGCCCCGAGGAAUUUCGCAGAAAGUUUCAACCACAAGUGUGUUGCAGGGCCGUUUGGUAACGAUUACAACUUGAACUCCGGAGCCAUGGGACAUCGCGGCGACGAGCUGUUUGCGGGUGCUGGGGCACGCGCGGAAAUUUACGAGGGCCAUCGUCGCCGAGAUUUGUUUAGCGAGCGUCCAGCGCGAUACCACUCCCAGCACCAACCGGGGAAUAAUCCACAGAUGGGAUUCAACAAUCAAGCCCCUAACUUGGGCUACAAUCGCCGUCCGGAAUUGAAUGGAAACCCACCGAUGCAAGGCCGUAACCCUCCUCCGCAAUUCGGCAACAACCCGCCAAUAGUGCUUGCCCGCUAUCUGCCAGUGGGCUACAUGGUGUUGCCACCAAUGAUGGGGAUGGGCUUUGGCAACAUUGUGCCGAUAGCUGUCCCUGUGUACCAGGCAAAUGAUGCUCCAGUAAACAUGGGUCCCAUUAUACCGCAAAGGUUUGAAAAUAAUUUAGAACACUUCGAGGAACGCGGCGCGCACGGGGGUGUGCCAAAUGCAGUACCUAAUCCACCCGCGCAACGCCAAGGUGGCCCGCAAUCGUAUGGGAUGGCGGGGUAUCCUGCAGGGAUGCGAAACCUCGGAAAUCAGAUGCGUCGCAAUGAUGUGAUGGCCGCAGCGGACGAAGUGCUCAUCUUGGAGCAACCCGAAGAUGAAGCCAACACACCCUCUUCUGACCUUGCGUCGGCAUUCAAGUAUGCUAGA